AUGGCCAGCGAAGGCGAGCACGCGGCGGCGGCGGCGGCGGCGGGCGAGCAGACGCCGCUCAAGAAGGCGGGCGAGGCGGAGCAGGGCGAGGAGCUCCAGGCCCCCUCCGGCUGGACCAAGAAGCUUAAUCCCACUCGGGGUGGGAAGUUUGAGGUUGUUUUUGUUGCACCAACUGGCGAGGAGGUCAAGACCAAGAGAGCUUUAACCACAUACCUAAAAGCACACCCUGGAGGCCCUGCUCUUUCAGAGUUCGUCUGGGCAACUGCAGGCAAUACUCCCAGACGAUCCUCACGUCUAAGUGCAAAGCCUAAGGCUACUGAGAGCCCAGAAGAUGAGAAACCCUCACGCCGAAGUGGAAAGUCUAAGGCUACCGAGAGCCCGGAAGAUGAGAAACCUGCCAAACGGGGAAGGCCCUCAAGCUCUAAGAAAGGCAAAAAGGGGAAACAGGAGGAUGCAGAGGACGCAGAAGCUGAAAGUGGAGAUCAUGCUGAUGCUGAAGAAGCCAAAGGCACUGAAGUGGAGAUGAAAGAUGCUGAAGAAGCCAAAGUCACUGACCUGGACCUGGAGAUGAAAGAAGCUGACAAUGCUCAGGAAGAGAAGAAAGAGGAAGAGGCUGGCAGUUUGGUUGGAGAGAAGAAAGAAGCUGACACUGUUGCUCCGGAAGAGAAGAAAGAGGCUGACACUGUUGCUCCGGAGGAGGAGAAGAAAGAGGCCGACACUGUUGCUCCGGAAGAGAAGAAAGAGGCCGGCACUGUUGCUCCGGAAGAGAAGAAAGAGGCCGACACUGUUGCUCCGGAAGAGAAGAAAGAGGCCGACACUGUUGCUCAAGAAGAGAAGAAAGAGGCUGACACUGUUGCUCAAGAAGAGAAGAAAGAUGCCCCUGUCGUUGAUGCCCCAGAGAAGACUGAAGAAGUGGAAGGCGAGGCAGCUGAAUCUGAGGUAGCUCCCGUGGAGGCUGAGAUGCCUGACCCUGUAACGGAGAACAAGGAAAACGAGAAGCCAGCUGAAUUUGAAGAAGUCCCGGUGGAGUUUGAGAUGUCUGACCUUGUAUCCGAGAACAAGGAAAACGAGAAGCCAGCUGAAUCUGAAGAAGUCCCCGUGGAGUUUGAGAUGUCUGCCCCUGUAUUAGAAGAGCACAUGGAAGAUGAAAAGGCAGCUGAAUAUGAAGUAGCUCCCGUGGAGGGUGAGAAAACUGAAAACGGCCUGGCAGUCGAAUCCACAGUGCCACCUCCAGCAUCUUCAGAGGAAAAGAAAGUAGAGGCAGAUAGCACCAUCAAUCCGGCGACCCCUCCUCCAGCUGAGGUGAAGGCAGAUGCUCCAGCGGCAGAGGCAGCAAAAGCCACGGAGAAUCCAGCAGACAACGCCGUCCCCGAAGAACAAUCCGCCGCGAACGUCGACAACAAUGGACAGAUUCAUCCAGGUGUUUCUACCGUGAGGUGCACCUGA